AUGGAACAAGUCGUAAGCAACGAAUUAGAUUAUAGACCAUUGUUGGUUUCGGAACCAGAAUACGAAUAUACAAGAUUAUUCCCACAAUCAGGCACGACAUACACAACAGUCUCUGCGGGAGGAAAUGAUGCCAUCUUUGAAAUCCCUCCAUCCAAAGCAUACAAUUUUGGUAAGUCUUGGUUUCAAUUUUCUUUUACUCUACCUGUUGUAGCAAACUUUGGGUGCAUGCAAUAUGAUUACUAUCCUGCGUCACUUGAUGAUUACAAGGCACUUCGAAAAGUUCUCAUUGAUUCAACUAUUCAAACACCAAACAUUCACAAUUACAACUGGGUAUGGAUUGAAGAGUUUGGAGAUGGAUGCUACAACUUUAAUCAAGACAACGUCGUAACAGGUAUUGAUCUUAAUCUAGGCGAACAGAAAUGGGACUUUAUUGGCUUUUUCGGUGUUGCCACCAAUCUUACUCACCAAUCGACUGUGAAAACAUUAUUUUAUUUAUCUCUAUUAAAUAAUAUAAUGAAAUACAAACUAUCGUCACAAUCAAUCAUCAAGACAAUACCAAUUGGAGGUGUGAUACCAGCAAAUGGAAAGCUAUAUUCACCAAUUAACUUGGACUUUAUUCCAGAUGUUGUUACUCUCAAAUAUUACUCUGUAUCAAAGAUUAACAAUGUAGUAGUAGAACCGAUCAAACUACCUCAACCACCGAAAUAUAUUCUUGGCUCAGAUAUGUUUAAUCAAGUCAGUGCAAAUAUCUUGUUGUGUGCACCGAAGAAUAGUGGUAAGACAGUAGUGAUUAAAAAGAUAUUAGAUGAAUGUGCUAACAGAGACACAAAAGUUAUUAUUUUUUGUGCAACAGUGAACAAUGAUGCAAGUUGGUUGGAUACAAAAAGAUUUAACAAGAAGAGAAAUUCCUUUUCAUUCCUUUACAAUACUCAAUCAUGGAAAGACACAUCGGCUAGUAUUAGAAAAGGUAAUUUAGAUUAUGUAUUGUUAUUUAAAAACAUUAAUGACGAUACCUUAAAGAUAAUCUAUGAAGAGCUAUCACUAACCAUUCCAAUUGAAUUAUUUAAACAGAUAUAUCAACACGCAACAUUGGAAAAGUAUCAUUUCCUUUACAUUAAUAGAAAUGGUGAUUUUAGAAAGGAUUUCGAUCAAAAUAUAAUAAUGUCAAGAGCAGCACCAGUAUUACAUGCACAAGCAGCAAUGAGAGAUGCAUACGGAACAGGCAGGAGAUAUGGAGGAGCAAUAUCUAGCUAUGGUGGACCAUCAAUGCAAACAUCAUUAGGCGGACAACAAGGAGAGGGAUUCUUCGAUUGGUUAAAGAAAGCACAUGAUUUUGUUAAAGAUAACAAGCUAAUAUCAAGAGGAGCUAAAGCUUUAGGAGAUGCUGGUGUACCAUUUGUUGGCAAGGUUGGUGAUGUAGCAGGUUCAUUAGGAUAUGGUCAAAGAAGAAAUCCAAACUAUGAACAGAUUCUGAACUAA